GGAAUUCUGAAAUCUCCGAAAUUCUGCAAACAUGCCUAAAAAAGCAGGGAAGAAGGCCGGUGGAAAACUGGCCGGGUUGACGGAGGAGGAGAGACUCCUGUACAUGCAGCAAAAGGCUCAAGCGGAGGAGGAAAUCGCCAAGAGAAAAGAGGACAUGCUCACACACUUCCUCAAGGAUAAACUGCAGAAAGAAGAGAAGAACACUGUACUGAACCUCCACAAGCUGCGUCAGCAAUGGCGAGCUGUUUUGACGCAGACAAAGAUAGCAGAGCUGCGCAAUGACAUGUCAGUCCUCUCGCAGACCUUCGAGAGAGUCCUGGACUACAAAGACAACAUCAUUAGGAGUUUGCAGGUUGAUUUGUCAGAGAGGGAGCUUCAGUCGGAGCUGAAGCGCAGUUCACAUCUGCACAACGUGGACUGUCUGUUAGAGAUUCAUAAGAGUCGACUGGCACAACUAGAGUUCAACUUCAAGAGCAGUCUAGUGGAACUUAGCUCAGAGUAUAAUACUGAGAGGGAGCAGAUUCUCUCCCAGCACCAGCAGGAAUGUGUGGAUUUGGACAAUGUGAUGUUUUCCAUGGAAAAGCACUACAGUGAUCUCGAUGGAGAGGCGAAACGUGAUUAUCAGAGCACUCGCAAUCAAAUAAAAAAACGGAACUUUGAUGAUAAGCAAGCGGUGAAAGAGCAGAUGGAUGGAGUUGUGGAGAAACUGUGGCAGGACCAGCAGCAGGUUUUAAACCACUACAACGAGUCCACCAGAGACAAAAUCAUCACGACCGAUGAUCUGAUGAACAAGGAUGUGCAAAGUGCCAAAGAAAUCGACUCGCUUAAAAAACACAUUCAGAAGCUGCAGGAUUCCAUCUCUACUUUCCGUGGUCAGCUGAGCUCUGGUCAGACUGAUAAAACAGCGGAGCAGCUUCGUUCUGAACGUGAUGAACUCGCACAGGAAGUUCAACACUUCAGAGUCCAGCUCAAUGCGGCGCAGGCCAUCCGGAAAAAACACAUUACUAAACUGACUGUUCAAAGCAACGACGCUACCAAAAAACUGCAGGAGAUCGUAGCAAGGGGGGAAAGGCUGCUGCGUCAGUGCGAGAUGUGCUGUAAACUGGAGACGGAGCACGAGAAGGUUUUGCCCUUCUACAAGUCAUCACUGAGCGAAGAAGAGCAAAAACAGGAGAAAGCCAAAGCCAUGGAGUCUUCAAAUGAGAAACUCACACAGCUAAUGCAUGACUAUUCGCCUCUUGCGAAGUUCUGGCAACGCUACAACAAAGUUGAGCUGGACUGUUUGUGUGUGAAGCGAGAGAAGCUGCUUCUGCUCCAGGAGAAUGAGCGUCUGAGGCUCUUUCUGAAGCAGUACCUGGAUGAAGUCUCGGUUUCUGAUGAGAGUUUUCGGCAGCAGAAGCUUCUGGUGGUGUCGAGUCCUGCUCUUCAGGAUACUGCUGCCACUGACAGACAUCAGCAGAAAAGACACGUUGUGCAAGAAGCAGCCUGUAUUGUGCAGAAACAGCUUUAGAGAAUAAAUGUAGAAAAACAA